AAAUCAACUUUCUAUAAAACCGUCCGUCAAAAUUUUAGUUUUUUUCUAAUUCUACUUAUUAUUAAAUUAAUCUUUAUCAUUUCUUUAUUAACUAACUCCUGUUAAAGUUUGGCAAAUUGUAUUAGAACUACAUAGAUUCCAUCAGUUGUUUAUGAUUAAAGGUAUUAAAACACAUAAAUACUAAAAAUUGCAUGUUAUUGUUCACCAUUAAGUUGGAAAUUUGUUAUCAGUUGUGUUCUGAACACCGACUGAAACGGUUCAUUUUUAAUAAGUACAAAAACAAUCACAAUUAAUUCUCAUUUUUAAUAAAAUCGGAAAAUAAAAUAAAGUGAGAAGUUGAAUUAUUUGCAUAUUUGUUUGUACAAGAGUACAAAAAAAAUUAAUUCUAUACAAAAGUUGAAUUAAAGCAAUAAUAAUAUAUUUAUAAUAUGGCUACUUUAUUACCUGGAAAUAUUGUUUAUGGCGGACCCAUAACCGGCACCGAAACACAAGCUUACAAAUCAUUGGGUGAUUUUGUUUUGGCUAAAUACAAAAGUUUUGGCAAUCAAACUGUUAUGAUCGAUGCUGUCACUGGUCAAGUGUACUCUGCCCAGUAUAUACAUGAUUCAAUUGUAAGAUUGACUUAUGUACUCAAACAUUUGGGUGUAAAAAGCAAUGAUGUAGUAGGAUUAUCCAGUGAAAAUAGUGUAGAAUUUGCUAUAACCUUAUUUGCUACUUUUGCGCUAAAUGCCACAGUAGCACCCUUAAAUGUUACAUAUUCGGAACGUGAAGUGCAUCAUGCUAUUAAUCUGUCAAAACCCAAAGUUAUUUUCGCUUCAAAAACGACCAUAGAACGCAUUACCAAGGUGGCGAAAAACAACUCAUUUGUCAAGAAAAUUGUGGUGUUUUCUACUAACUCUACGCAUUCUAAUGUUUAUGCUUUCAAACAAUUAAUGGAAGAUAAAUCCAUACCUUCAGAAGCAAGUUAUGAUUGCAUAAAAGCCAAUAAAAACGAUGAUGUUGCUUUGAUCGUAUGCUCUUCAGGUACCACUGGCAUGCCAAAGGGUGUACAAUUGACACAAUCAAAUAUUUUGUCCACCUUGGAUUCACAGUUAGAACCUACUGCUCUUCCUUUGGGCGAAAUAACCAUGUUGACCGUUAUUCCUUGGUUCCAUGCUUUUGGCUGCUUAACUCUUAUUACCUGUGCCUGCUUGGGCACAUGUUUGGUUUAUUUGCCCAAAUUUGAAGAUCAUUUAUUCUUGAGUGCCAUUGAGAAAUAUCGUGUUAUGAUGGCUUUUAUGGUGCCUCCAUUAAUGGUAUUUUUGGCCAAACAUCCCAUUGUGGAAAAAUACGAUUUAUCUUCUUUAAUGGUUUUGCUGUGUGGUGCAGCUCCUUUAAGCAAAGAAACCGAAGAUCAGAUUAAAGAACGUAUUGGUGUGCCCAUUAUACGCCAGGGUUAUGGUUUAAGUGAAUCCACUUUAAGUUUAUUGGUACAAAAUGAUAAUGCCUGUAAACCCGGCAGUGUUGGUGCUUUAAAGGUGGGACUUUAUGCUAAGGUUAUAGAUCCCGAUACUGGCAAGACUUUGGGUCCUAACCAACGUGGCGAACUGUGUUUUAAGGGUGAUUGUAUUAUGAAAGGGUAUAUAGGCGAUGUCAAAUCUACACAAAGUGUUAUUGUUGAUGGUUGGCUUCAUACCGGCGAUAUUGGUUACUUUGAUGAUGAUUUUGAAUUCUUUAUUGUGGACCGCAUUAAGGAAUUAAUCAAAUACAAAGGCUUCCAAGUGCCUCCGGCAGAAAUUGAAGCCUUGCUUUUAACCCAUCCUAAAAUUAAGGAUGCUGCUGUUAUCGGCAAACCCGAUGAGGAAGCCGGGGAAUUACCCAUGGCUUUUGUGGUUAAACAAGCCAAUGUCCAGCUAAGUGAACAAGAAGUAAUUGAUUUUGUGGCUGAACGUGCGUCCCCCGCUAAAAAGUUACGUGGUGGCGUUAUGUUUGUCGAUGAAAUUCCUAAAAAUCCCAGUGGAAAAAUAUUGAGACGUGUCCUCCGCGAUAUGUUAAAAAAGAAAACUAAAUCAAAAUUGUAGAGGAAACUAAAAUUUCAUUGAAAACAAUCCCUCCCUACCAAAGCCAUAAAGUAAACUUUGCAAGUUUAAGUUGUAAAAAAAAA